UUGCCUAUUAUAGAAAAACGCUAUUAUAUACGGUAUAGUACUAUAUAUCUACAAACGUCAUGAAUCGGUUUAAUGAUAAAAUCACAGGCGCGAAUGCUAGAAACAAAGAGAGCUAGCUGAGAAGAGAGGGAAGAUGCUGAUGAACGCAAAUCCAUUUUUAUAUGAUUUAUUUUCCGGGGAAGGAGAGCCAGUCACAAUACAGCGUGCUGCAGCGAUGUGUGUUCCGUAUAAUAUGCUACUAACAGUUUAGAAUGUUUGUGUCCAGUGCCGAUAUGUGAAUAUAUUAUAUCAUCGAUGUCGAAUCAUUCUAGUGACGAUAAGUUUUGAGAGGCGGAGUGAAUUAUUGUUUAGAGAGAGAUGAAACCAAGAUGCAUCUUGAAUAGCAAGUGCCGAUGGAUAUGUCCCACUUUCAUGUAGCAAUUGUAAGUGCAUUGUUGAUUGUGCUGUCACUCAGCAGUCAACUAGACGGACUAGAAUCAACAUGUGUGUUUGGUGGAGAAGCUAAUUGCUUCAUUUCAAGUUCCAUAAUGUGUCGCGGUGAGCGCCGGGUAUUGAAAGUACACCCAAAUAAAGAUUGCAAUCAGUUGGACUGCAAGUGCACCGGAGGCAGUGAAUCAAAAUCUCCACUACAAAUGAAAAUGACUAACAAAAGUGUGGGAAGUUUGUCGGUCAGUUUCUCGAUAGUCAGCGAUCUAAUUUACAAAGAAGAGACUGAAGUUGUGCUCAGAGUCAACAAUCAGCUGAAUGAGACGGAAUGCUACAAAAACAGUAAUGGCUUCGAAGAUCUCAUGAGAAAAAGGUUCAGGAUGACGAAGUGUAACUCCACCAAUAGUUGUGAUGGAGCAACAGAUACGGUGAUUGUGAAUUUUGCAAAUCUACAUACAGGCUGUUAUCAAGUCGAGGUCAGACAUGAGAACCGAUAUAUUGGUGAGAAAUCGGUUGUUUCGUGUCCUAAAUAUUUCACCACAGGUCAUGCUCAUCCAAUCAAUAAGUAUGAUUUUCAUCAACCCAAAGUCGUUUGUCAAUUCCUGGAAAAUGGAGAAUUGAACAUCAAUAUUCGACCUUUUAUCAAUGGGAGCAAAGAUUCUAAUCAAUUCUUUACCACAAUUAUUGAUGAAAAUAAUGAUACCAAUUAUUUUACUCCGAAUGAAAGUAACUUCAAAGUAUUGGAAGAUGGAAUUUUGAGUUAUCAAUAUGACACAUUGAGACCGGGAAAUUAUUGUCAUGGCAUUCGCUACUUGGAUGGGAGAUGUCUGCUCUCAAAGUCAUGCGACUGUGUCUGGCGACAGCGAAUAAUGGUAUUUGCAUCAAAACCCAGGCCUGUUCCCAUUGAAGAUUCGAUAGAGGAUUCUUCCUCAACUCCACUGGUCAUAAUGACGCUGUUUACCCUGAUCGGACUGUUUUUAGCAUUGAUGGUUGUGUGUUUGGUCAAAAGAAAAUCAAAAUCGCCUCAAAUCAUUCUUCCAACGUCUGAAAAAGCACCGGAUACUAAAAAAGCACAUUAUACUAAAAAAACUCAUAAUACUGAAGCAACACGAAAAAUCUUUCUGCUCUAUCCAAGGGACUGUAAUGAAUUCAUGGAAGCUGUAAGGAAGUUGAGACAAAUUCUCAAGCUCAAUCGUUUCGAGGUAUCUGAUGUUUGGGACUCUCAGUUGAUCGAGAAAAUUCGGCCAGAUCCAACGGGAUUUGUGCAAUCGAAUGUUGGUGCUGAAGACACAACGACAAUAGUUGUGACGAGCGAGUGCUCUAAUGAAUUGAUUUGUGUCAACAGUGAGAAUUCAACAGUUUAUUACCGGGAGCCUCAAGAAUUUGAUGACCUUUUUCGCUUGGGACUCAAAUGUUUAGAAAGUUUCAAUAGAAAGCGCUACAUAGUGAGAUUGGCGAAUGAGCAAUUAUCUGACAAAAACAUUCGUGAGAUUUACAUUUUGCCUGUGCACUUGGAGCUAUUGAUAAAAAAUAUUCAUGGAAUUGUUGAGCCUGAUCAAAAAUUUCAACUGAAUGGGGCUAGUGAGGUUGGUGAACUGAGAACCCUGGUCGACGAGCUAAGUAAAUUCAAAUUAGAAAAUCCUGGUUACUUGCUCAAUGAAUUAAUUUUCAUUGAGCCAAAAAGAAACGGAGGCGGAUCCAGGAUUGAGUCAAGCGGGGAGGGCAAGGAGAUGGGUGUUUUCGUCUCAGAAUAUAUUAUAUGUUGACGAAUUUAAUUAUUAAAUAGAUAUGAGAAUAUACCUAUUUAAGUAUAGUCUCAUAUUUUUACAUUUGUUAAUGAAUACUAUAUAUUAAAUUGAAAAAGUGUCAUUCUAUCUAGUGGAAAUUGUACACAUGAAAAUGGAAGAAGAGGGGCAGUAGCUCUCCAUUCAUCUCCCUCCUCCAAGCACCUCCCCCACCACGAUCUGUUAGGUCACUGUAGAAAGCAAAUCAAGAAAUAUGGGUUUCCUUCAAUUCGAACAUGUAAUGGAUAUACUUGAGCAAACUGUAUAAAUCUGAUGGAAACUUGAAUAGAAAAGACUGAAUAGUCAUUUUUCAAUUAUUCAUAAUUGAAAUAGGGUUGAUAGAAUCUCUGAAAAUAUCUAGUCUGAAAGUAUUCGGUAAGUAACUAAGAUAGUAUAUUGCUGAAAUUCUUAAUCUAGAAUCUAGUUUAUUAGGCCACCAGUUACUUAUUAAGUUGUAGAUAUUUCUUUUGCCGCAUCCACAUGUUGGCCCAAUGAAGGCCAAUGAUGACCAGCGCCAGUGUGUGGAUGGGUGGUUUGCCAGCGCAGGCCUACAUGUGGACUAAGCAUUACCAGACUGGGCCAACAUCUGGACUAGACAUUAUACAUAGGUACCAGUAGAAUUUAAUUUUUUAUGUAAUUUUUGGUUUAUAAAAUAAACAAAAUCUAGAAUUCAA